AUGCUCCAGCACUUUUCAUAUCGACCAUCGCAACCGCACAAAUAUCAGCGUAAACCCUCUCGUCCAUUCACAUACUCCCCCCUUUCCCCUAUCUCCUCCCCUCACAGAGCGUACGGGUGUCUGCUGCAGCACAUACUGCAAGACCAGGUCAAACGCAGUCUCACCUAUGUGCCGCCGAUGCUGUUCUCGCUGUUGCAGGACUGCGCCGCUGUUUCUGGCAUCAGCAGUCGCUUCCAGAGUGUGCUGGCCCUAGAACAGUACACCAAGCUACUGUCGCAGCGGGCGGGUGCUGAGCGCCUGCCCUGGUUGGACAAGGUCAGGACGGCUCUGCUGGACUUGCUCAGCGACGGCGCCCCCGCUUACGUGACCAAUCCGAGAUUACACGACGAUCCAGACAACAGGCAACCCCUCUCCGAGAGGGGCAAUAAUCUCUGGAAACGGAUGUCCUUCCAAACGACGCACGACAAUAAUCUGCCAUCAGCCACGGACUGUGCAAAGCCUGAAGAAGACUCGUCUUUGAGGAGGAGGUCUGCUGACCUGGACAACGUGAUGUCAAAUGAAGUGCGCCAUGUCAGUUUACAGGACUCGAAGGAGCAGAAUGGUUCAAGAGACUCCAUCUUAGGAGGACUGCGUGGCGCUUUCUCGCGGUCCUUCUCUACACUGUUCGACCGAGUAGCCGGCAACGAGAAAAUCACGUCUGUUCCCUUGGAUUUGCAUGAAGAACACGGCAUAGUCAGAACCAUCCUCGCAGCCACCAUACAAGCGCUGUGUGCCACCUUAUCCGCUAAAUUAGUAACAAAGAGUUUGAGAACGGAUACGGCCGAGGAAAUCGCCAUGGCGCGGGACUUAACUAGCGAAUGCUGUGAUUUGGUGAUGUCUGUCGAUCGGUUGUGGCACCUAGAUACGAUGGACGCGAUUGAAGACAUGUACAACCCUGAAGCCGGGCCCCGGAUACGACGAAACGAGAUCGCCAACCCCAUAGUCCGAACAUCAUCGCAAAACAACAACAACAAUAACAACAAUAACAACAACGUACACUCCCAGACCUCCAUGACCCAUUCCCACGGCGGUGGCGACCAGCAGCACCACGAUCAAUUCAACGGCCAGCGCAACGCGCCACAGCGUGCCAUGGGGCACGCCCAAUCCCACGUACAGCCGCGCCCGCGCGUGCAGUCGCAGUCGCACGCACCAGCGCCGCCGCAGCCACACCACAGCGGCAGCACCACACAGCUACAGCAGUAUGCGCACUUACAGCACCAGCCACACGCGCAGGCGGAUGUGGCGUCAGCGCCAGAGCUGCUGUUUACCGCGCCGCCGAGGCAAUCGACGCUGGUGAAUAUGCCGAGCUACGACGCCAAUGGAGCGCUGAAGCCAGCGCCACGGGUGGCAGCCAGACCAGACAGCACGCUGGUGGCAGCGCCCAGGCCUCAGGCCAAGCCCAGGGGCGCUACGGCCAGCACGCAGCACACGCCACAACUGGCGACGCUGAGUCCCAGGCAUAGUAGAGAACAUGUGGAUUCCAAUCGCAUCCAGCCGCAAAAUCUGAUCGCGCCGAUUGCGUCGCCGCGAGAGAAUAUUAACGACGCACGGCCGCAGUCGUUUAAGCGGCGCUCAGAGGGGUUUAGCCAAUCGUCCACAUCCGCACGUCCCUUCUCGUCGUACUUCCCGGAUGGUCAGACCAACCUGCCCCCACCGCCGCCGUCCGAGCGCAGCAACGAGCUGACUGUGACGUACUCACAGAACUUAGCCAAUCUGCACGCGGAAGCCGGCGGCGACUAUUCCGGCAAGGGGGGAAUGAGUGGGUCGUCUGGCGCGCUCAGAAGCGCGUCGGGUGAGUUCGGCAGUCGACUGAGUGUCAUGUCGGCGGUGGGAUCGCACACACAACUGAGCAAAUUGGCGCCCACCAGAAGAUCGCUACGCGGAAUGGAUGAUGCCGCAAGCAGUCUGCAUUCGGCGAGUGAGGAUAUGCUGUUUGUAGGCUUGCAGAAGAUUGUCGCGAACGUAGGAACACGGGAAUACGAAAAGCUCAGCGUGGAGGAGCGCCUGCACACCAACAUCUACCACGUGCAGAAGAACACCAAACAAAUCAUGAAAUUAGCAUCGCACAAGAAGUCCAAGUCCAGUCUGUCGCGGCGGCUGAGUGUGCACGUGGACCUUGAAACAGCGGAAUAUUCUGAAGCGUGCCACAGGUUAGCGCAGGAGUGUGAGGAGACGGUCAUGCUAGUAGUGCCGCGUGCAUGCUGGCACGAGCCGUCCAUGACCAACAAUAACCCGUACGCAACCGUAGGGGACGUGGUCAAUGAUCUAUACAUGCACCUGCGCAUGUUUGACUUGCAGGUGAUACAGCCGCACAAAUCCAGGCAUCCGGGCGAACCUGAAUCGCGGCUGGAGUCCUACCACGAGUGGUUUUUGCCCAUAGUGCAUGCGAGACUGGAUCUAGAACGCACGAGCGUGGAGAAUACCAUGCGUCAGAUUGCGCUGAGAGAGGGUGCUAAUAGCAUCGAUGACAGUCUGUCGGAGUCCUCUGUUGAUGAAGUGUUUAGGAGUAUAUAUCCGGUGGUGGAGUUUAUCGAGAGCCUCAACUGGCCCGUUGCGAGUGUUCGAGCUGAGUUGACCUUAGCGGUCACCGAAUGCAUCGUUAACAAUCUCAAGUUCUACGCCGAGUGCCAGAUUGAAAAGGUUUCCGAGAAGGUGCAACCGACCAAUCAGCAGUCCAUGCCGUCCAUCCAUCGCGUUGACUGCUCUCCCAUUGUGCUGGAGUGUCUCAAGAACCUCUGCAACGCGUUCCGGUUGACCGAGGAUGUCAAUGAUCGGCUGGUCAAGUCCCUGGGCACUGCCGACACACAAGAAAACUUUCAGGCACAAACCAUGGCAAGCGACAGGAUACAGGCCGACUUCCACGCCGUGUACGAGGCGCAGCACGCGGCCACGUCUGUGUUGGAGGACUACAUCCUGGACGCUGUGAGGGCUGUUGUCACGGUGCAUCUGUGCGUGUCGACGUUUGGCAUGAGUUUCCUGGGCGUGAACAGCCGCCUGGGCCACGGGAUGAGCGAGGCCAAGCUCAAGCGCAGGGGCUCUAUCAGUUCACUGGGGUCGCUGCUGAAAUUGAAGAGCAGCACAGAUCUUCUGCAGAAUGCGGACGUGCAGGCAUAUAGCGGUGCAACCGAAAAAGACGCCCCAGCCAACAAGAGCAACAUCCUCCCGCCAGCCAUAUUCCUGGCCAGUGUAGUCAUCGACCCGCUCAAGGAGUCGCUGACGGAGGAUGUCCUGCAGUAUAUCAUCCACGUAUCGUGGAAGUGUGUGCUGGAGGGUAUCAUAUACAUAUGCGGCGUGCGCACCCCCGAGAAGUCGGCCAAGCUGCCCGCGUCCAUAGUCAAGGCCCUGAAUGGGCGUGUGGUGGGCAUAGAGGAGGCCAAGACACAGCGCCUGUACCUCGAGCAGUCGCGCGAGUUCUUCCGCAGUGUAGGUAUCAACGAGAGCAACGAGAGUCUGCACGAAAGCCGGCGGUUCAACGAAGCCACCAAGAUGACCAACACCGUGGCCCAGACCAGUUUCUUCCUGGUCAGCAAGUACCUGACCUUGCAGGACGGCUUGGCACGCCUGGGUGAAGAAACGAUGAGUCAGUCGAUCAACAUGUCGCUCGGCUACGACGCGAAACGGCAUGCGGUGUGUAUCUCCUGCCACUCGGCGACGGGCGUGCCCAAGAUGUGCAACCAGACGUUUAUUAGCGGACAGGUGUUUACUACCAAGCGGGGGUAUAUAGGUAAGAAGAGUAAGACUAAGGUGCAUACGAUCACGGCGAAGAGUAAGACCGGUCCGAAAUGGACGGAUGAUAUGCUGUUCCCGUUGACUGAUGAUCCGCCGGACUGUACGUACAUCCAUCUCAUGCUGCUCUCGCCAAUGGGGGGAGAAGAUGGCAAGAAGGAGAAGAAGAACAAGAAGAAGGGAGAUGAGAUAUAUGGACACUUAAGCUUGCUGCAGAAAAACCGCAACAAUCUUCUGGGCGAGUUUAUGCUUGGUCCCAUUAGCAAACUGCCCAAUUUCGGCAAACCCAUCAACGUGGGGUGGCAACGUCAGGAUACGAAAGAGUCGCUGUUUAUUUUGAACGCGCUGAAGGCAAGGUCCGAAGAUCCUUAUGCCAUGACUUUCGUAGAGAAGAGGACAUAGGACACCCACGCUAAUAAAUAAUUAAAUAAAUAAGUACAAAUGUACACCUGCACGGCACA